GCUGAUUUCUGCCUUCUGGAAUGCUCUGAGUUGCUGGUAGUCAACAGAAGUCUCGACACAGACAGACUCAAAGAAGGUUCCUGCUAAGAGUCACUCAGUGAAAACAGAGAAGUCUGAGGGCUCAUUUCAGGAUGAAGCUUCAAAGAAAAAGCAGCACUUGUAACAGGAACAGAAUUUGUCUGUGGAUCAGCAGAUACAGCAGGAUUCUUCUUCCCGCUACUGCCGGCCCUGCAAUGAGGAUGAGACUCCGAGGGGGGCAGCUGACUCUCCUGCUGCUGCUCUGUGGCCUGCAGACACCCACGGAGUGCGCCGCUGAGGUUGCAAUUCAAGUCAAAUUUGACCUCACACCAGGCUCCUUUGAUGAUCAAUACCAAGGUUGUAGCGAACAGGUCAUGGGCAAGCUAAAUGAAGGAGAUUAUUUCUCAAAGGAAAUAGAUGCCCAUAAAAAUUACUUUGAGGCAUGGAGAAAAGCCCACUUACUCUACCUGGAUGAAGGUAAAGCUCUCCCCACCAACAUGACAACAGCACAUGCUGUGGCCCUCUUGGUUUACACACUGAAUGACCACAUGCGCUCUGACUUCUCCAGGGCCAUGGCCAGCGCUGCCGCACAGCAGUACAAACGUUCAUUCCAUUUCAAAUUUCUACACUACUACCUGACCUCAGCAAUCCAGCUGCUGAGGACAGAGCUCAGCAGCGAGGGUCACACUCUGUGUUACGAGGUAUACUAUGGCAUGAAAGACGACCAUCCGGUAGCCAACGUAGGUGACACUAUUCGAUUUGGCCAGUUCCUCUCCACCUCGUUUCUAAGAGAAGAGGCACAAAAGUUUGGAACAAAAACACUCUUUACCAUACUUACCUGCCUGGGUGCAUCUGUACAAGACUUUUCCCUCCAGAAGGAAGUCCUGAUCCCUCCCUAUGAGUUGUUUGAAGUUGUAAACGCCAGCUACCACCCAGAAGGAGAUUGGCUGCAACUGCAGUCAGCCGGGAACCUCAGCACAUACAACUGCCAGCUGCUGAAAGCUUCCAGCAAGAAGUACAGCCCUACUCCUGUAGUUACUGCGUCAGUCUGCCUCUUGGCCUAUGUUAUCAUCAAUUCCAAAAGCUGAGUGUAGAGGGAUU